GGUUGGAGACAGAGGGCUGGAGGGUCACUCCUUUGUCCUGCCGGCUCCGGAGACCCAACCUCGGGAAGGCAGAGAGGGGUAGCCUCUAGAAACAAGGCGAACCCGGGAACAGGCGACUUGGGGGUCUCCGGGACCCCCUGGAAGGCCAUGUGCUCUGGGUUAGCCCCCUCCUUGGUGCACUGAGCCCCUGAUUUUCCUCCUACCUUGUUCAUCCCACCCACCCCCAUUGCUGUCCACGGGUUUUCUCUCGCCUGUCCUGCAGUCUUGAGGGUCCCUCCCUCCAAUUCUCCUCCUCUCCACGGUCUGGCCAUCCGUCCUGUGUUUCCAUCUGAAGCGUAAUCCAGCAGGCCUUGCACCGGCAGCCCAACACGGCCGCCCAGUACCUCCAGCAGAUGUACGCCGCCCAGCAACAGCACCUCAUGCUCCAGACAGCUGCUCUCCAGCAACAGCACCUUGGCAACAGCCAGCUCCAGAGCCUGGCCGCCGUCCAACAGGCAAGCCUGGCCGCCAAUCGGCAGGGCGGUUCCUCCAGCUCCAAUGGGCCUCCCCAGACGCCACCGCAGACGCCUACGAUAAACCUGGCCACCUCGCCAGCGGCCGCUCAGCUCAUCAACCGGGCCCAGAGCGUGAACUCGGCCGCCGCCACCGCCUCAGGCAUCGCCCAGCAAGCUGUGCUACUGGGCAACACCAACAACCCCACCCUGACAGCCAGCCAGGCCCAGAUGUAUCUCCGUGCUCAGAUGGCCCAGCAGAGUAACCUUGUACAGGUAGCUCGAAGCCUAGGCCGUGCUGUUCCUUUGUCCCCCCAGCUCAUCUUCACGCCCACGGCCGCAGUCACCGCGGUGCAGCCGGAAGGCAUCACCACCACGGCCACCGCCACCCAGCCGUCCACCACUACAGCUCAGAUCCAGAACGCCAGCGUCCGCACCCAGCAGGCGGUGAACCAGGGCCUGGCGUCCUCGGCAGCUCAGCAGCUCCCCACCUUGGCCAUGAAACCAACCCCAAACAUCGGCAAUCAUUCCUCGUCCUCCUGCUCUUCGGCGCCUUCUCAGGGCAAGGGUGCCGGGCCGACGCCUGGCACCAAGGCGGGCUUGGCGGAGCACCUGCCAGACCAGCUUAGAAAGGGAGAAGGUGGUGGUGGCGGCGGCACCGCUACCAAUGGGACGGCUGGCAGUUCGGACCCCCGGGGAAGUGCCGGCAACCGGACCAUGACGCCGGUCACGACCCAUCCGCUCAUCGCCCCAGCGUACUCUCAGCUGCAGAGCCAUCAGCUGGGGUCACAGCCGCCGCCGAAACCAGUUCAACACCAGUUUGUCAUCCAACAGCAGCAGCAGCAGCAGAUCCAACCCCGGCCUCCGUCGCAGCUCCAGGCCAACUCCUGCGCGGCAUCAAGCUUCAGCACACCCCCCGGCCCACAAGCCCAAGGCCACUUGGCCGGCCAGGUCAUGCCAGGCCACCUUCCCUCCUGCCAGGCCUCGAACCAGCACAAGCCGGGCACCCACCCGCCCUCCCAGCACAUGGCACACCUUUCUGGAGUGCCCAGCCAAGGGCCGCUGAGGCCGGAGAGUGGCUCCCCUGGCCGGGCCACCGGGUGCCCGAAUCACGCGGCCCAGCGCAAGUUCCAGCAUGCUUCCGCGGUCAUCCUCCAGGUGCAGCCUCCCACGGGGAUGCCGUCGCUGAAUGUGGUGGAGAAUUCCAGGAAAGACCCGUGUCCUGUGGAGAAGCCCCCAGGAGACUCACGGGUGGCUCAGCCCCAUCUCCCGCCUCAGACCUCCACAGCACCUCCGUCGGCAUCUCCCGAACCUCAGGCCCAAGAAGGCCCAGGGACUCAGCCUCACGAGGCCGGCCGGGACAGCGUUCGCCCCCCGCCGGACGCCAGCAACCCCGGCAUGACCUCGGGGAACGGCACUACAGCCCCCUCCACCAUCGCCGGCGCCGCCCCCCAGAACGGUGAAAACAAGCCGCCUCAGGCCAUCGUGAAGCCCCAGAUCCUCACCCACGUCAUCGAGGGGUUUGUGAUCCAGGAAGGGGCUGAGCCGUUCCAGGUGGGGCGCUCUUCCCUGCUGGUGGGGAGCUUGAAGAAGAAGUAUGCGCAGGGCCUCCUGGCUGAGAAACCGCAGUCGCAGCAGCCGCAAGACAAUACGACCACCACCGACUCGGACAUGGAGGAUCCUUAUCUGCAAGAAUCCAAAGACGAGGGGUCGCCACCCAAGUUGAAAUGUGAACUCUGUGGUCGUCUCGACUUUGCGUACAAGUUCAAGCGGUCCAAACGCUUCUGCUCCAUGGCUUGUGCCAAAAGAUAUAAUGUGGGCUGUACGAAACGCGUCGGGCUUUUCCACCCGGACCGCAGCAAACUUCAGAAACCAAACACACCUCAGCACAACCGGCGUCGGACCUGCAAGAGCGCUCUUCCCCCACUCAACAAAGAAAGCAAAAAGCAGGCUCCGGUAUCUCUGCCCCCGAGUUCGGGGCCCCUUUCGGUCACAGGCUCACUGCAGCUCACCCACGGCCAGGAGGACUCGAGUCGCUGCUCGGACAACUCCAGCUACGAGGAGCCCCUCUCCCCACUCUCGGCCAGUUCCUCAGCAUCCCGGCGGCGCCCGGGCGAGCGGGACAUGGAGCUGCCUGACGUCCACGUCCGGGACUUGGUGGCCCUCGGGCACCACUUCCUGCCCAGCGAGCCCACAAAGUGGAACGUGGAGGACGUCUACGAGUUCAUUCGCUCCUUGCCGGGCUGCCAGGAGAUCGCAGAAGAGUUCCGGGCGCAAGAGAUAGAUGGCCAGGCUCUCUUACUCCUCAAGGAAGACCAUCUGAUGAGCGCCAUGAACAUCAAGCUGGGCCCCGCUCUCAAAAUCUACGCCCGCAUUUGUAUGCUGAAGGAUUCUUAGGGAGCCUCGGAAGGGAUUCGGCUCUCCGGCAGGGACGCCUCGAGUUUUUGCGUUAAAAGGGAUUAGCAGCCACCGGGAAAGGACGGAUGUUGCUUCCUCGUAUUCCCCCCCGACAUCACUUGAGCACAAAGCUUCUCCCAUUAUGGGAAGGGCUGGCCGAGACAGACCCCCCCCCCAGCCCUCUGCCCAAUUUGGGUUUGCUGGCCAGAGGGAAAGGCUAGGGAGGUGUAAAUAAAUAUGUAGCAUUUUAGCUUCCCCUUUUCAACCCUCCACGGCCAAAAUCCGGGUGGGGGGAUGAUUUUCGAGGGUGUGGGGAGGUGGCAAUCAGGAACCCCCCCCCUUUCUUCCUUGCUAGAAACAGGUACUCUUCCACCCUGGAGGCGUCCAGAACAAUCGGCUUAAAAGACUCUGGCCUCCCUGGAAAAACCUCAAAAGCCAAACAGGAACGUUGCCUUAAAAAAGAAAAAUGUUGUGCGUGUGUGUGUGUGUGUAGACGUGUGUGUGGUUGUGGUGCCACAUAGUGCUCUUUCGAUCUCCUCCCACUUCGUUCUCCACCCCAGCACCACCGAGCUUUCCUUCCGACGGGCGUUUUGGGGUGUGUGUGUGUUAGGCAACUUCGCCCCCCUUGUGGGAAAACCGGACUCUCGAACGGGGAGCCUCCCUUCCCCACCGGAUUUCUGAUCGGUUCCCCUUUCCGGUCUGUCAUAAGGGUGCCGCCGGGCUUCCCUCCCCUUAGCGGAUCCUUCCGGGAGGAAGGAGGCGAAGCCAUCUGAACCGUCAGCCCCCCCCAGCCGUCCGUCCAUCCGUCCCAGGUCCCCCUCAUCUCCCUCUCGCUUUCUCUCCCACCUUGGGAUAUUCGGCAACUGCUUUCUGAUACAUAUAUAUUUUUGGACCAAUUUCUUCAACUGCCUUAAAAGACACACUCCUUCCGCACCUUCCCCCCUUCUUUCCAGGCAGGAUGGGUGGAGACCCAGCUGUUUCCUGAAAACGGCUGAAAAGGAGAAAAUAAGGGGCCGAGCAGCUGAGCUGUUCCCCUCUCGGGGCUCUGUGCGUGGUGCCCCCCCCACUCACCCCCUCCGGUGCUGGCCACUUACAACAGCCUUCAGGGCUGGAAACAAAGGUCUUUCUACUGUUCUCCCCUCUCCUCACCUGGUUUUUAAUAAAUUCCUUUUCCAGAAAUGAA